AUGACAAGACUUGUGGGUCCUGCGGGGAAGUCAGUCUUUACCGCAGACUCCAGAGAGCAGGCUUCUAUUGGCCAAGCAUGGGCAAAGAUGCAGAUCAAGUCCAAACCCAGUGUGGGACCUACCAGCUUGCGGCAGACAGGGAGGAGAGUUAUGCUGUGUUCAUCAGCGAGGAUUGAAGAAGCCCUUUCAUGCACUACAGAAUAUUUUACCAAGUGGGUGGAGGCAGUACCACUCCGCAAGGCUACAGGAGGAGCAGUGGCAAACUUCAUCAAAGAAAAUAUAAUUGUGAGGUUUAGGGUGCCCCACAAGAUCAUCAGCGACAAUGGCACACCGUUUGUCAACAGUGAUGUGAGAAGAAUGCUAGAGUUCUAUCAAGUCAAGCACCACAGGUCAUCACCCUAUUACCCUCAAGGGAACGGGCAGACAGAGGCAACAAACAAAGUUCUCAUAAAGAUCAUUAGCAUGAUGAGCCAAGAGUAUGCAGGAGGAUGGAUGCAAGAAAAGGAAAAGGAGGGAGAAGUCUUCACGGCAGAAAGGUUUGAGGACCUGAAAGAACUUGAUGAAAAGAGGAAAGAAGCCCAGGAACGCAACCGGAGAUACAGGCAGAAGAUGACUGAAGCCUACGGCAGGAUGACCAAGGAAAGAGUGUUUGCAGAAGGACAAUUAGUGUUAAAAGUGGCAGACUACGUCAAGCGAGGUCUGGCAGGACCAUCCAAGUUUGCACCUAAAUAG